AUGUCUCCCGAGCCUACAACAGCGCCUGCUUUAUCUGAGGAUGUGGAACGCAAAGUGGCAAUACCUCAAAGCCCGACAAGGACACUCUCGAACGAUAAUGCGUCUCCUAGAAGACAAAACAGGGGCCUUGCACUGAACUUCCCGAUCUUGCUGCCCACGAACACGCAGAUCAUGCAGUCACCAACAUCUGCUUCCAAUAUCCUUCCGAGCCCCGUCGCGUCUGCCAGGUCCUCCCCUCGUACUCGGACAGCGCCCUUCAGGAGUCCUGAACCCGCACAUGAAGCCAGAGACCUGGCCAAGACGAGAGGCAGUGCAGAUUUCCUUACGCUUCUAGCUGGACAGGAGAGGAAAGUCCUCGAGUUAAGAGAAGAAUUGCAAAAGGCAGAAGGAGAUCUGUUGGAGCUGAAGAAACAAUGGGCGCUCUUUGAAGCCAACAAGAAAAGGGAUGAAGUGAAACAUGUAAAGAAAUUGCAACCAUUGGCGCUGGAUGACGUCGCAGGUCGUGAGAACGUCCUAGGAGAAGACGACGUAGAUGAAGAACGGAGGAGGAAACGUGCCCUUGUUGAGAGGAACAAUGAAACAGAUACUGCGACAGUGAACGGUUCGACGACAAACCUAAGCCGCAAGGGGUCAAAGCGUGUCUUCGAGGGAAGACAUACUCGCACAUUGAGUCUCCUAAGUCCGACAUCGCAAAAGCCUGGCCGACCACCUGCGACGACCUCAAUUGACGAGAUCACGAAUUUGCAAAACAGUGCACCUGAGUUGGGUCAUGACGCUGAGGUGACCCGGCCACCACUUACGAGGAUGUCAACCUUGAAUGAUUUUAUAGAGAACGACAACCUUCCUUUGGGGUUUGGGAAAACCUACAGGGACCUGGCGGCAAAUCGGCGUUCAAUGCCCCCUGGCGCCACAGACGUGCUCAAGCAGGGCAAAUCAGUCUAUGACGGUGUUCGAGAGGGGCUCUGGACCUUCUUUGAAGAUAUCCGGCAAGCGACAGUAGGAGAAGAAGGCGUCAAUGGUACAGUUGCACAACAGCGACCCUCGAGACCACAACCGAAGCGAUCGGCGACUGGAAGGACCUCCUCCGAGAAUCGCAGAGCACAGUCGAAAGAGCCAUCUUUCUGGAAGGAAUUUGGAGUGGAAACGCCCCGAAGGCCGCCAAUGCCGCAAGAAGGCACAAACAAGACCAAUGGACAUGUACAGCAGAGGAGCACUACUAGUACCGACUCAGUCAAUCCUCCUAGUCUGCUCCCAGAUACCACUGACGAGGACGUCGAGGUCGGAUGGGAUGCAUGGGACUCGCCUGUCAGUAAUCGACAGAAAAUCAUCGACACCGGAGAAGAUGUCAAGAAGUCCUCUGGAAACGGUUUGCCAUGGCCGGAGAUUAAGACACUGACUCCGACACGGCUAACAAGCACGGUGAGCGAUCUUAUGAAAGAGUGGGAUACGGGUCACCAUGAAGUCGAGCAGAGCAAGUCGACGCCGCGGGGCGACGAUGAAAGAAGUAUACUCUACAGUCCACAUAUAUGA